GAGAUUUUCGGCGGAUGUUGAUAUUUUGAUCCGGAUUUCGGGACCGUCGUUUCUUUUGGCUGUGCGAUCCGCGUUACUGCAAAUAUUUGCGUAACGUGUGCGAAACACGGUCUUUCUCGGCGCUUCUUUCGGGAAGCAUAGAGGCCGAGGCGGGGGGAGAUGAUGGAGGACUUUGACGAGAUUUACGAGGACGAGGAGGAAGAAGAAGAGGACGAGGACAGGGCCGCGGAGGAGCAGCUGCUCAAAUAUGCUCCGGACCCGGUGGCAGUGCGCGGAUCCGGACACGUCACUGUGUUUGGACUGAGCAAUAAAUUUGAGUCUGAGUUUCCCUCAGCCCUUACAGGAAAGGUCGCACCAGAGGAGUUCAAAGCCAGCAUAAACCGUGUGAACAGCUGUCUGAGGAAGGCUCUCCCGGUGAAUGUGCGCUGGCUGCUGUGCGGCUGUCUGUGCUGUUGCUGUACCCUGGGCUUUAGUCUGUGGCCGGUCAUCUGUCUGAGCAAGAGGACACGCAGAUCCAUAGAAAAGUUACUGGAGUGGGAAAACAACCGAUUGUAUCACAAGCUAUGUUUGCAUUGGAGGCUCAGCAAAAGGAAGUGUGAAACCAACAACAUGAUGGAAUAUGUCAUCCUGAUAGAGUUUCUACCCAAGAUUCCCAUCUUCAGGCCGGAUUAGCAGUGGCGGGCCAGAGCUCGUCCCUCCGGCGUGGUCUUCCUGAGGUGCCUUUCUCCGGUACUGUCUUGGUUUUAUCAUGUGGCCUCGUCCCUUUUCCCUCCACACUCUGAGCAAGCGACUCACCUCACGUCCGAGCGCCACUCACAGCACUCCUCACCGAGAAAGCACUGUUUACAACCCACAUACACACAUACGCACAGACUGAGGCACACGUCUGUGCCGUUCUGGUUUUGCGAGUGCAUGAAUACACACGGUGACCUUUACUGUCACAUGGCUACACAGAGCCUGCGAGGAGGCCACGGAAAGUCCUAACUGGAACGUCUGCUAUACCUUAACUAAAUCACACAGUCUGCGUACUAACUAAGUGACGUUCUUUUGCCGACAACAACCAUCACUGUGGAACUGAUCAGUGAAGAAUGGCUUGAGGAAGUGGCAACUGUAGAAUUAAACUCUUACUGUAUUAAUUAAAAAUAUGGAUGUUAGGAACGAUUCCUAUGGAUUUUCAGUUAGCUGAGAGCCAAAUGGACACGGUCAAUGCACAAUACAUAGUUCCCCAUCUCUCCUUCUCAAAAAUGAUCAUCCAUAUACACAGACAAUCAAACACUGACUGUGCCACGCAGCAUCUAGACUCUGACAGGACUUUUGAGUCUAGUUGAAGUCACU